UUGGGUUUAUUUGCUCUACUUUCGUCCACGAGACAACUGUGGGGUUUAAAGUUGCUCUCUUGUGCGGCACACACCUCUCGUCACAUCGUGCAUUAAGUCAUGUAGUGCUCUUGUUGAUGAGUCCGGACGCGACUCCUUCAUUCAUCACCUUUAACAGCUGGCGCAUGAGUGAGAAUGCUGAGCAAGUGUGUGGACUGGUAGAUCAUUCAUUUGUUUAAGUGAAAUACACAAACUAACAACUGUACUUCACAAGCUAAUGGUCCUCAGAAAGGUGAUAAAAGCCCAGCUAUUGUCAUUAAAAUGAAAUUAAGGCCCACUUGUUAAGUUAAUGUAAAUUGGAAGCACUGAUUUACUAGGGUAUUUAGCUCGUGUUUACUGCUUUACUACUUGGAAAAAGUUAAGAUAACGAGAUUGUUAGAGAUGUUUUUGACCUACUUAUUGAUUUCAGCACAACUGAAAUUGGAAUUGCCUUGAAACUGCAGUCCCAUUAGAAUUAAUACAUUUUAGUGAUACGUUUAGUGUUGGGUGUGAUCUAAUUACAAAGCAAUUAAUUACUGUAAUCUAAUUACUUUUUGUAUAUAAAGUAGUGUAGUGCAUUAUAUUUAAAUGUAAUCAGAUUACAGUUACUUACUUUAAAUUACAUGACUUCUCGUUUCACAUUUCUCGAAUAAAAUUACAUAUAUUGAAUACACUUAAAACAUGAAUAACGUUGAUGUGUGGGCUACAUCUGUUUGCGUUUUGUGACAGUUAAAGGGCAUGGAUUCGGCCCCUAACAAAUUAAUAAACAAGUGGGGAAUACAGACAUUAUUUUAAAUCCGCUGAGCGGAAAAACUUCUGUGAAGUUUUUAUAAAGUAACUUAACUAAGAGUAAUUAGUAAAGUGAAUACUUUUUAUAAAGUAAUCCAUGAAGUAAUCUGAUUUCAAUUUUACAGUAGUAAUUAGUAAUUAGUAUUGAAUAAAUUUUUUGAGUAAUUUACUAAACACUGGAUAUGUGAAACAGAUACUGGGCAAAGUAGAAUAUGAAACACUAUUUCCUUAAAAUGCAUAGCAGUUUUAUGUGGUAUAUACUGCAGUUGCAAACUGUUGUGAAUGAAUGACAUCCUGCAAUUACCUGGGUGAGAACUAACACAGGUGAGUUUUAUCUUGAACCGAGCAUAAAUAUCUCUUUUGUAAAAAAAAAAAAAAACAACUAUUCUUUUUGGAAUAGUUUAUCCAAAAAGAAAAAUUCUGCCAUAAUUUACUCGCCCUCAUGCGGUUCCAAACCUGUAUGCAUAACACAAAGUGAGAUGUUUUAAUGAAUAUCCCUUAAAAUUAAAAGCUUAAAAAAGGACACAAAAGUACCAUAAUAGUAGUCUAUGCAACUUAUGCAUCAUAUUCCAAGUUUUCUGAAGGCAUACGGUAGGUUUUGGUGGAAAACAACAAAAAUUUAAGUUGUCUUUUUAAGUGAAAACACUGACAUCCAUUGCGUGUUCAUGAGCGCUAUGAAAAAAGUUUUUUCACAUAAGAACUUGCAUUAUUUAGCCCAUAGCAUUUUUCUUUAGUAAGCCCUUUGUAUGUAUAGUUUAGAAAUGUUCUUCCACUUAUUGAUGGCUCCAUGCACUAAAAAUACCUAAUUAUCAAAACUCCAGUUUUAGCGAGCCAAGCAAGUAUGUUCUAACUGGUUCUGUUUUUUGUGUACUCUUAUUGUGACAAAUAUGCAAAGUACUCUGCAUAGUGCUGAAUUGCAGUCCUCUGACAGCUACAAAAUUAUUUUAGGCCUUUAAUGUUUCCUUGAUAAAAUAAUAAUAAUAAAAAAUACACAUAAGCAAAUGUGAAAAGAAGUGUAUUAAAACAGGCUCUAUAUACUGAGGACACUUUUAUUGAAAUAUCACACCGAUUAAACACAAAAUUGUUCUACAUUGUAGUUUAGAAUGUGUGUAGUGGGCAUUACUAUUGGCAUAGUCAGUAAAUGUCUGUCACUCAGCAAGAAGAUUGAAGGGGGUUAGGUGCUGUGCAUGCAGACAUUUAUUUUCUCAAGUGGUCAAAAGUUAUCAGAAUGUAAACAGACUAUUUGCAUGCAUUUCAUAUCAGUGAGAAAGAGAAAUGAGGCAGAGGGCAGAAUGAAAGCUCUUUGUGACGGCCAUCACAGCCAAUGCUUUGUCAGAUAUCUUGACUGGGUGUGGUCAGUAUAUCUAACAACUCUCAAAACCUCACAAAUCACAAUAAUGAAGAGUCUUCCAGGGAAUAUAAAUAUGAAUAUUCCUGCAUUUCAGACACUGACCUCUGUCUGCUUAUCUCAUCUUUGUGCAUGCCAGGGUUCUCUAGACAAAGAGAGAGCAGUUAUGCUGGGAUCCACACUGCACAGAUUUUCCCAUAUUUGUAAUGCACGAUAGUUUUGGCACAUUAUUUAAAAAUAAACUCAAAUUAGCACCAAAGAGUUGACAGUCCAUUAGUAGAAAUUACAAAUUCACACCACUAGAGGGAGAAAAAGCCACACCGACAACUUCAAAUAUACCUGGCUGCCGCUUUAAAAACGGGGCGGGGCAACAUGUGUCUCCCCGCCCAUAGCUUACUCUCAUUGGUCAUCUUUCAUACGCGUACAUGAUAGGAAAUACGGAAGUAGUUGGUGUUAAAGUAGGUAUUUAGCCAGGUGAUUUUGAUUAUAGUGCUGUGAUGUGUGAUAUGAAAUUGAGUUGUACCUCACGUGAGAUUUCAAACAAAUGUAGAAAGACUGAGUCCUAGUAGCAUGUUGUUUCAGAACUGAGCAAUGAGCAUUGCAAAAUUACUAAUCCUAAUAUGGCGAAGAUACAACUCAUUAAUAUUAAUGCUGUCGUCCUUCUCACAAAACCUAAUGGCGAAUUCUCCGCAAGGAGGCAACACGCGAACUUUUUCCCACUGGUAACAAAGAAACAAUAGUUGUUAUGCUGUUUCCUGUUGUUCAAUGGUAUAUCUGAGACUUUUGCCCUUUUGUUUAACCAGCUUUUUUUUGGCAAAAUGCUCAGUUUGCAGUUACAAAUAGGCUACUCUUUCUGUUAUGUGCCUGUUUUAUCUAUGAAACACAACUGGAUUCUCUAUAAGGCAUUAUUAUUUAUUUGUAUGUUAUGUGGAGAAAGUUUACGUAUGUGCAUCUUUUGAAAAUAAUGCUGACCAUCCAGCACACACGUACACACCUUCGCACAAGAGGACAGAAUGAACUCGUUUUUGUUUUGCUGAACUUCUUCACGGGGAGGUUCCUCUGGUUCGGGCAUGCUCAGUCAGCUUGUUUUCGUCUAAGAACCUGUAACCAUCAAUCAUCCGAGCCUCAUCCACACCCAGUCAAGAUGUUUAGGGGCAGGCAGCGAUUUUUGCCAUUGGCUUUACAUAAUAAAUUCAGUGAGACCGCCCACACGAGUUAAAGGCCGAUCAGGAACUAUACACAGCUUCAGUUUUGUUUUGAACCUCAAGGAACAGCUACCUCCUCGCACUUUAACGCACACUGUCGAUCUUUGUUUGACUUUAUACGACUGAAGGCGAUAUAGCUUGAAGGGUUGCAGUUAGGAAACUUUUGCAAGACCAAAGAUGAUUUUCGACAAGUUGAAAAAGUUCGAUAUCGUGUUUGAUUCUCCGGAGAUGGACUCUCCUCCGGUGUUCAGCAGUGGAGAUGUUGUAUCAGGAAAGGUCGUGCUGGAGCUCACUGGAGAGAGUAAAGUCGAGUCAGUGAAGCUGCAUGCAGAAGGUUUCGCCAAAGUGCACUGGACCGAGUCUCGCAGCGCUGGUUCCAGCACCGCUUACACGCAGAACUACAGCGAUGAAGUGGAGUAUCUGAACCGGAGAGAAGUGCUGCUGCAGGCAGAUAAUGGUGAACUGACGGUCCUUUCUGCAGGGAGGCACGAAUACCCUUUCAGCUUCCAGCUGCCAGAGGAAACUUUGGUGACAUCCUUUGAAGGCAAGCACGGCAGCAUUCGGUACUGGGUGAAGGUUAAGCUGCAUCGCCCAUGGAACACAGUCAAGAAGAUCAAGAAAGAGUUCACGGUUAUCGAACCCAUUGACAUCAACACACCUAGCCUACUGGCAUCUCAAGCUGGAACCAAAGAGAAGAUGGCUCGUAUCUGGUACCGCAACUGUGGGCAGGUGUCAGUCACUGCGAAGAUAGAACGCAAGGGCUACACACCAGGUGAAGUGAUUCCAGUCUUCGCUGAAUUCGAUAACUCCACAUCUCGGUCUGUGGUGCCGAAAGCUUACAUCACCCAGACGCAGACCUUCAUUGCGAGGGGCACCAUGAAGAAGAAGCGAGCUGUGGUGGCCACGCUGUGCGGGGAUAUAGUUGGUGCGCGCCGCAGAGAGACCUGGCAUGGCCGAGCCAUCAAAAUCCCCCCCAUCGGCCCCUCCAUUCUGCAGUGUCGUAUCAUCAAAGUGGAGUACAUGCUCAGGGUGUGCGUAGAUGUUCCUGGGACUUCCAAGCUUUCCCUGGAGCUUCCUCUGGUAAUGGGCACCAUCCCCCUCCAUCCGUUCGGUAGUCGCACAUCCAGCGUCAGCAGCCAGUACAGCUUGAACAUGGAGUGGAUUCGCAUGGCCAUCCCUGAGCAGCCUGAGCCUCCUCCAGAUUACAGCUCUGUUGUCACAGACGAGGAAGCAGUCCAGAACUCCACAGCGAUCCAACACGAGGAGGACCUAAGUGGACUUCUACAGCGCUCCCUGAUGGCUUAUGUGCAGGAGUUCCGAUUACGUCCACCUCCGGUGUACAGUGAGGUGGACCCAAACCCUCAACCCUUCUCCAUGCGUCCUCGCUGUAUGACCUGUUGAACUCUCUGCUAGCUGAACAUCACGUGAUGUUUGAAAUAAAAGCUGAGAUUUGAUUCUCCAGGAUGCCUCUCUGAGACUGAGAUUGGUUCUUGUUCCUCGUUCGUGCUGUUCACAUCGGAUAAGCCAUCUACGACUCCUGCAGAGGGCCAGAGAGAGGAGGAGAUGUCUGGACCAGGCAAGGCAGAGCACUUUUAAAAAACAAAGAGGACAUUCAAUAUCGGGUGAACAAAGGCUUCGCCCACGUUUGUGUCCCAAAGAGCGAUCAGACUCCGGUCUGUCUGUGCCUGGAAUGAUUUUUAAGCCAAACAUAUGUUGAAUCAGGGAAAUAUGUGGAUGAUCACUAGAGAUUAUGGUUAAUGAUAGAAUAAGGAUGAUUCCAGAAGCCAUUCAGAUAUGCUAUACUUGGUGCCUUACUGAUGUAAGACUGAUGUUUUGCUGGGUUUCCUGUGAAUGAGGAGUGAGUCUUAACCAGCUGCAGUCUGCCUCCAUUAGUGAAAAGUCGUCCUCUCCCACAACUCUGGAUCAUCAUGUAAAUCUCAUUUGGUGUUGAUUUUAGCCAAAGAGAUACAAAUCUGAUGUAGAGGUUCAGUGCUUUAAUGUUCGUGUGUGCACGGGCAAUUCUGUGCAAAAGGGAAAACCUAAAGCUUUAAGGAAGUGACGUGGGGAAAUUGCAAAUGUAAAUCGUGGAGGUAGAACACUUUUGUCAUUGGAGUGGUAAAUAACAUUUAGGCUCCAAUUGUUGAUGUUCAUCUAUAAGCUUUCAUCUGGCUUGACAUGGGUCGAGCCAAUUGCCUGAAAGGUCUUAAUGUCUGAAUCUAAUGCAAGGCUGAAUAUAUCCGUGUUGCUAUGGGUAACGUUUCUUUCUUGACUUUUUUUUUUGUUGUCAUUUUUCCAGUGGAUUGAGGUAACAUAAUAAUUGCAAUGUAAUGCAAAACUAGAGAAGCAGCUGACAAGUUUGCUUUACAAACGGUUGGAAAAAAUAGAGAGCCAUGUGUAUCCAAGAUGCCUUUUUUGUUGUUUAGAGGAAAGCAAUGAACGAGCACAGGGAUUAUGUCACAUUAAGCUUUCCUACUCUUACGACUCCUUGAAGUGUCCUUACAGACAUUCCCGAAAUACCACAGACUUUCUUUAAUUCCAAAUAAUGAAAAAGUGUAACUUCAGGUUGAAACACAAUGAUUGUUUAAGGCACUCAUUUUGAAUAAAUGUGUUUUAUAGACUUUUUCAUGUUGACAUUUUUGACAAGUAUAUUUUUGUUAAUCACUUUUUAAAUAAAGAAAACCAAUAAAUAUAAAUAUGGUGC